AUGGAACGGCAGGAGUCGGUUGACCUCGAUGAAGCUGCUAUCCAAGACGGGGUGCAGAAGGCGGCCGACGCUCUGCGCUACGCGACUGCCGUUCUGUUCACCUCUGGCGCCGGCCUGGGCGUCGACUCUGGCCUGCCCGACUUCCGCGGGCCGCAGGGCUUUUGGCGGGCGUACCCACCCAUGAAGGAGAUGGGCCUGGAGUUCUCAAGCAUCAGCAACCCGGCCUGGUUCACCCAAGACCCCAAGUUCGCCUGGGGCUUCUGGGGCCAUCGCUACGAUCUAUAUACCAAGGCCGCGCCCCAUGCGGGCUACCAGUUCAUGCGCCAGCUGGGCGAGCGUAUGCGGGACGGCUAUUUCAGCUUCACCUCCAACGUGGACGGUCACUUCGCCCGGGUGUUCCCUGACGAUCGCAUCCUGGAGUGUCACGGGUGCAUUCACUACCUGCAGUGCUUCGAUGACUGCAGCCCCGACCUGUGGGAAACCCAGCGGACGGUUGAUGUGGAGAAGCUGCGCAUCGACAUGACCACCUUCAAGGCAAUGGGUCCUCUUCCCGCUUGCCCCAAGUGCCACGGAUUGGCUCGACCCAAUGUGUUGAUGUUCGGCGACUAUGGGUGGAACGAAGAUCGAUUCGAAGUGCAGCUGGAGCACUACGAGGCGUGGAUGGCCUCCCUCAAGGAGAAGAAGGACACCCGCCUGGUGGUGGUCGAGAUCGGCGCAGGUACGGGCGUGCCGACGGUGCGAAAGCAGAGCGAGCGGCGCGUAAUGUCGUUCGAGGAGCGCUUCGGGAAGGGCUCGGCCGUGCUGAUGCGGAUCAACCCGAGGGACCACCACUGUCCCGCCACGGUGCCCUGCAUCCCCAUUCCGCUCGGCGGCCUCGACGCCCUCGCACGCAUCCAGGACGCCCUCCACCAACAGCAAUAG